AAGGGAUCUCCCCAUCACAGAACCAUUUGUAUAAAUGCUGAUGGCUUGAGCCAAACGGCAUCAAAUCCAGCUUGAAGAGCUUCAACAGAGUCUUUGUUCAUCCAGCGAUCUUGUUAAACAGAACGGCCAGUAUGACUACUUCUCGCUUCGUCAUCUUCUCCGCAGUGGCGGUGCUUCUGUGUGCAGUUAGCCUCAGUGAAGGAAUGCGUGUUUCACCGCAAAGAUGCUGUUUCUCCUUCACGGACCGUCCUCUGCCAGUCAAAGUAGUGGUCGAUUACAGCAUGACAAGCCAGCAGUGCCCUAAAGAAGCCGUACUGUUCAAGACUGUAAAGGGCCGUCAGGUGUGUGCCAAACCCACUGACUCAUGGGUACAGAAGCAUAUGGAGGCCAUUGACCGCAUGCGCAUCGGGAGCCAGGGGACCUUGUGAUCAUGUUGACCUGCGUCUUUCGACUUCUGAACUUCAUGUUUUGGAAGCAAGUGUGGAGUCUGAGCAAAACUGAGAAAAAAAAAUGAAAAAAUGCAAUUAUUGUACUCACCGACAAACGCAUUGUCACUAACUGAUCAGCAUAUUGAAGCUAUAUGGGGUUAAACAAUCCAGAAUGUACGUUGUUUGGAUUUAUCUUUUUUGACUCGUCUGUCAAUUGUUUUACUAAUGUAUUUCUAAUGAGAGUGUUUUUUUGCUGAAAGAUAUAAAGUAUUGAAGAUGAUUAGCCUAUAGCUCAAAGUAUAGACAUUUAUAGAAGAACAUUUUAUGAGUAUUUUUUUAAUAUUUUUUUAUUGUGUCAUUAGAGAA